UCAAGGGGAAGUCCGGAUCGGUGACAGCGUGCUGAGAAGUGGAAAACCAUUGCGACUGGAUCACCGAUUCGCGCAUAAUGCGGACACCCGUGAGUCUCCGUCUCUCCUGGGAGCGUAGGUAGGGCUGGCAGUAACGGUUCUUUAGUAGCCAAGGAUAUUAGCAUUAACUGUGAGCCGAGAGCGAGGAGAGGGGUGUCGCGAAGAGCUUCGUUAAUCCAGUUUGUCUCUACUGUAAAGGGUGCGUUUUCUAGUGCGCCAAAGGAAGAGAGCGGAAAACAGAAACAAACCUCGAACAAAUCUAUGGUUGGAAUUUGGGUUCUUUCUUUUUCGCCAAUGCAAAAGGAGAUAUGCAGCGAAGCUUCGCCUUGCUCUGCACCAGUUUUCUGGGGCUGUGUUUAGGUUCAAGUUUCCCAAGUAAUAUAAAUAUUGGAGGACUGUUCCCCACAGACUCCCAUGAAUAUGAGGUUUUUCGGUUUGCUCUCUCGCGCCAUCAGGAUAUCCCCAAACUGGUGCCCCAUGUGGAUAUGGUCGAAAUCGGGAGUAGCUUUGCAAUGACGUAUGCUUUUUGUUCACAGUUUUCCAAAGGGGUGUACGCCAUCAUCGGACUGUAUGACAAGACCACAGUUAACAUGCUGAUGUCGUUCUGCGGGGCGCUGCACGUCUGCUUCGUCACGCCCAGCUUCCCGAUCGAAACGUCCAACCAGUUUGUGAUCCAGCUGCGGCCUGACCUGCAGGACCCCCUGGUGGGCGUCAUCGAGCACUACAAGUGGACCAAGUUUGUCUACAUGUACAGCUCAGACUCCGGACUGACGGUGAUGCAGAGGGUCCUGGACACUGCCGCGGAGAAGAACUGGCUGGUGACCUCGGUUAACCUGGAGACCAUGACGGAGGUGGUGCUCCUGAAGUUCUUCCAGGAGCUUGAGAAGAAGAAGGAGGGCAAAAUCAUCAUCGACUGCGAGCUGGAGAGGCUCACCACCGUGCUUAAAGCGAUUGCAAGCCAAGGAAGGAAUCUGAAAAGCAACCAUUACAUACUGGCAAACCUGGGGUUUCUGGACAUUGACCUGAUCGAGUUUCAGAAGGCCGGAGCCAACGUUACAGGCUUCCAGCUGAUGAACUACUCGGAUCCACUGGUCGGCAGGACAAUACAGGAGUGGCUCGACUUUGACAGCAAAGACCUCAAGGCUCCCAAGAAGAGGCUGAAGUACACAGGGGCCCUCACAUACGAUGGGGUUAGCGUAAUGGCUACUGCCUUUCAGAACCUCCGCAAGCAGAGGAUCGAUAUUUCUCGUAGAGGGAACGCUGGCGACUGUCUGGCUAACCCCCCAGCACCGUGGGGUCAGGGAAUCGACAUCCAGAGAGCCCUGCAGCAGGUUCAGCUGGAGGGUAUGACCGGACACAUCCAGUUCGACGAGAAGGGAAGACGGACCAACUACACUGUCACUGUGAUGGAACUGGGACCAAAGGGCCCCAAGAAGGCGGGCUACUGGAACGAACAGGAGAAAUUUGUCAGCACAUCGACCUACGCUCAGGGCAGCAAUGAGACCUUUGGGCUGCAGAACAGGACUUACAUCGUCACCACCAUCUUGGAAUCUCCGUAUGUGAUGCUGAAGAAGAACCACGAUCAGUUUGUUGGGAAUGACAAAUAUGAAGGCUACUGUGUGGAGCUGGCCGCAGAGAUCGCCAAACACGUGGGGUACACCUACAAGCUGGAGAUCGUGGGUGAUGGGAAGUACGGGGCCCGGGACCCCGACACCAAGAUGUGGAACGGGAUGGUGGGGGAGCUGGUCUAUGGAAAGGCGGAUGUUGCCGUGGCUCCCCUGACCAUCACCCUGGUGAGAGAGGAGGUCAUCGACUUCUCCAAGCCCUUCAUGAGCCUGGGCAUCUCCAUCAUGAUCAAGAAGCCCAUGAAGUCCAAGCCCGGUGUCUUCUCCUUCCUGGACCCGCUGGCCUACGAGAUCUGGAUGUGCAUCGUCUUCGCCUACAUUGGCGUGAGCGUGGUGCUGUUCCUGGUCAGCCGCUUCAGCCCAUACGAGUGGCAGGGGGAGGACCUGGAGGAAGGACAGGACCAGCAGCAGAACCCGUCACAGGCCCAGCAGAACCAGAACCAGAACGAGCAGCAGCAGCAGAAUCAGCAGUCCUCCAGCCAGCUGAGCCAGUCCGGGUCCCAGCAGAACCAGAACCAGCAGCAGCAGCAGCAGACCCUGGAGCACACCAACGAGUUUGGGAUAUUUAACAGCCUCUGGUUCUCCCUCGGGGCUUUCAUGCAGCAAGGCUGUGACAUCUCCCCCAGAUCCCUUUCUGGUCGCAUCGUUGGGGGUGUUUGGUGGUUCUUCACACUCAUCAUCAUCUCCUCCUACACGGCCAACCUGGCAGCCUUCCUCACGGUGGAGAGGAUGGUGUCGCCCAUUGAGAGCGCCGAGGACCUGGCCAAGCAGACAGAGAUUGCCUACGGAACCUUGGACGGAGGCUCAACCAAAGAGUUCUUCAGGAGGUCAAAGAUAGCGGUGUUUGAGAAGAUGUGGUCGUACAUGAAGUCUGCGGACCCAUCGGUGUUCGUGAAAACGACAGAUGAGGGAGUGGCGAGGGUGAGGAGGUCGAAAGGGAAGUACGCCUACCUGCUGGAAUCCACUAUGAACGAGUACAUCGAGCAGCGCAAGCCAUGUGACACCAUGAAGGUGGGGGGCAACCUCGACUCGAAGGGCUAUGGCGUCGCCACCCCCAAAGGAUCCGCUUUAAGAAACCCAGUAAACCUGGCAGUGUUAAAACUGAACGAGCAGGGCCUCUUGGACAAAUUGAAAAACAAAUGGUGGUACGACAAGGGAGAGUGCGGCAGCGGGGGAGGUGAUUCCAAGGACAAGACCAGCGCUCUGAGCCUCAGUAAUGUGGCCGGAGUUUUCUACAUCCUGAUUGGAGGAUUGGGUCUGGCCAUGCUAGUGGCCCUCGUCGAAUUCUGUUACAAGUCCAGAACUGAGUCCAUGCGAAUGAAGCAAAUCAUCAACGAGGCCAUGAUGAGCUCCACCCUGAACCGUGUGAGCGGGAAUGGCAGCGGGGGUGAGAACGGGCGCGUGGUGACACACGACUUCCCCAAAGCGGCACAGACUCUGCCCUGCAUGAGCCACACGGGUGACAUGGGCUUAGGCGCCUCCGGCAUGUGACGGGGCACGCCCCCGCACCACGCCGCCCCCCCCCCCCCCCUUCCACCGCCGCGGAAAAACACACAACAGAGCCACAGCGACGCCAACGACAACCACCACCACCACAACCAUGACCACAGCGAAAGGAAGCGUCGCGCCGCGGCGAGCUGCCCAGCCAUCUCGCAUCUACUGCCAAAACAGACUCACUGACUGUACCGCAGACUAUGAACUAUGGAUGCUACAAGAGUAACAAAAAAGGAUAAAAAAAAACACUUUUCUAAAGAGAAUUUGUUUGUUUAAAGACUAUGAUCUGCUGCAAUAAAGAAGCCGUCUGAACUUUGAGAAGUGUACAUUUUGUGACAAAAAAGGAAAAUUUUCUCCCCCCACCCUCAAAAAGUGACACUUUUUUCCUCUGUGCCAGUUCUUUUGUCCUGUUUAUUUUAUCCUCCAUAUGCAAUAUUUUGAUUAUUAUUGAUGUUGAACUCUGUCUGUCUCUACUCUUUCUUAAGAUGGAAUCACAAAAAUUAUUUAAAAGUAUGAAAAAUCCCCAACCCCAUAUCCCCCCAUUACUGGGGAAUUUCUUUUAGAGAAUACACAGGCAGAACUGGCAGGGCACGGCACACUGCAGUGGUGUAAGGGAAAAUCUCUUCACUCUUCACAAACUCAAACAAGCUGUUUUCUUUGUACUCAUCCUCUCAUUUUCCUUUGUAUUCAUAUUCAUAUAUUCGAGUGUCUACUCAUUCCACGGCCAGAGGACUGGCAGCAUAUAUCUGCUCUCUCUCCUGUUGGUACAAAAGCUGCUUGAGGAGAAAGAAACAUUUUUUGCUUGCUUGUGCUGUAGAAUAAGGUUUUGGGGACUCUGUCAGUAGCAGGAUGUGCACAAGAUCAUCAAGGAAAGAUGAUUUGCUUUCUGAAAGAUUACAGUCAGCAGGAUGGUUUCAGCAACACUUUUUUGCCCAAUAAUGAAAUGAUUAACAGGGUAAAAUUGGGUCAGGGGGUGUAAUUAGCUGUCAGAUUUGUUAUCCAUAUCUUUAAAGCACAGCUGGGCUGAAAUGUUUGUGUUGCCUUGUAAAGCAAUAUUAGCUCACAUGAGGUCGGGGAGGAGCAUGCAAUCUGAAGUGCUGCAGAAAUGUGAGAGAGGACAAGUGAAAUUGCCUUGGACGUAUGUGGGAGAUCAUUUUAAAGCGUUUGGCAUAUGUAACUGAGCCAUCUCUGAUACAUGUUUAUUUUCUGGCUUACUGACAUGCCCAAGGGUGUGUGGCAUGUAGACAGAGGUGUAAAUGUCUUUGUAAAAGCACCCAGCCAUUCAUACUUUCCAGAGAGUGGGCCAAGCAGCAGCACAGAAGUGACCUUUCACAUGGAAUUUUGGGGGGAUGUGGAGUAAAAGAGUUUAGGAAAUGUGUUUGAGACAAGAAGCUGGAAGAAUGCCUUCUCAGUGCCCUCUGUCCAAUCAAGAUAAAAAUGCACCCAACAGUAUCCCACAGUGCAUUGUGCAGAUAUCCACAGUCGAGGCAAGGAGAUUUUUGCUUAUCAGCCAUCUGUUUUUAUUUAUUUAUUUUUCUAUUUUAUCUAUUUCCACACCUGAAAUCCAAAACUGCAUGAAUUUUAUCACCAGCCAAUCAAUGACUUGCAACCUGAUGUUAAGGUCAUCAGUUGUGGGUGUGGCACAGUGUGUAGGGCAGCUGAUCCAGCACUCGCCUUGCUUCUAAGGAUCUGACAUUUGAUCUACGCCCAGAUUAUGGGCCAGGGAACCACAACGGGCCUCAUGCUUUGAUUGAUGCUCACACAGGAACCUGUGGGUUUGUUUGUUUUUUUUUUUUGAGUUUGGAGAGAUGCAUGGACGUAGCAUGAAAACACGGAAGAUGCUGCAUGAUUUUCUGCUCAGAGUGAUUUGCAUACAUUUACAUUACAUCCUUGAAGUCCAUGCAGUUUCACAUUGUGAUAUCCCCUCAUAUUAAAGCAUGCAUGACAGCAUCUGGUUGUCAGCAAGCCUCCAUCUCUCUAAAAAAUAUUCUGCAGUGCUAGCAGAAGGUUUUCACCCCCUGCACCUGAAAUGCUGCAUUGCGUGCAGGAAGAAGGGGUAUGCUGUGACUCCAGAUAUGUGACUUUGCAGGCAUAAUCCUCCCCUUAUCAUGCGUGUGCAACAGGAAAGAAUGAACAAACCACAAGACUGUCUGCUCCUUAACUGCUUCACAAGCAUAGCAUCCCUGUGCGUUGUGCACACCUGACAUGCAGGGAAAAAGCACAGUAACACGUCAUGGGAAAUUUACAAAAAUCAUGCUUCUAAACAUGUGCCCCAUUUGUUUAUUAAUUAUUAUUCCAUAAAUCGUGAGUUGGAACACAACAGUAUUGUGUAAUGAGAAGAUUUCUCUGUUCCUACCCAUGCUUUCCAGGCCACACCCACUCUGUGCUUCUUACUGAUUGGCUGGGUGAGAAUAACCAUUUCAAUAUUUAAUUAGUAAGGCACAGCACAAUCAAGACAGC